UUCAGAUACCAAAUAUAAAAGGGAGCAAGGGUUUCGAGAUCAGAAGCUACAUUAUCCUUAUACUUUAACAACAUGAAUCACCCAACUUUCCAAGAACCCGAAGUCAUUACACCUAACGACGCUACAAACUCUGAAGCUGGCUUUGACCAGUCCUUCCAGCAGCACAUCCAAAGCCAAUUGAAUACUCCUACAACUGGUAGCUCUAGCCCUCGCAAGUUGUCUACCUCAGUUGCUAAGAGUGAGGCUCUUCUUAACGAUGAAAUCAUCCAUAACAACCUUUUGCAAACCAUUCGUACCAAGAAGGGUUAUAUCAUUGAUAUGGACGGCGUCAUUUAUCAUGGUAGCAAACUUCUUCCUGGUGCCAAAGAGUUUGUCCAGUUCUUGAUCGAUAACAACAAGAAAUUCUUGUUCUUGACCAAUAACUCUGCUCCUACUCCUCGUGAACUUCAGCAAAAGCUUGGUCGUCUCGGCAUUGACGUCGAUGAAGACAAGUUCUACACAGCUGCAUUGGCAACCGCUGAAUUUCUCAAGUCACAAAUGCCCGAAGGUGGAACUGUCUACGUCAUUGGCGAGCCCGGCUUGACUUAUGCACUCUACGGCUGUGGAUUCUUCAUGAACGAUGUCAACCCUGACUACGUUGUUCUCGGCGAAGGUCCUUCCUACAACUAUGAGAAGCUCUGCAAAGCUGUCAACUUGGUCAACAAGGGAGCUAAGUUGAUUGCUACCAACCUUGAUGUUGAAACAUUGAAUUCUGCUGGUGAGCAUAUCCCAAGUUGCGGUGCCUUCACUGCAUGCGUUGAAUUGGUCACCAAGACCAAGGCUUUCUUCUGUGGCAAGCCCUCCGCAUUGAUUAUGCGAUAUGCUCAAAGCGCUCUUGGCCUCAGCAGACAAGAGACGUGCAUCAUUGGUGAUCGUAUGGACACAGAUGUUGUCGCCGGUGUUAAUUCCCAGAUCGACCCUGUACUCGUCCUUUCCGGUGUUACCAAAAUGGAGGAUCUCCGAAAGUUCCCUUACAGACCUUUUGUCAUUCUCAAGGGAGUGUUUGAGAUCCCAAGUGAUGACAAAGAGAACCGUGUUACUGACGCCGACCUUGAAGAAGCUGGAAGACGCUUGAGUGUAAUAUAGAUAAUGUCGAUGCUGCCACCGAUUUGCUGCCCCAGUUUUGCUUGCAUUGAGAAAUCAGUAAUUGCUCAUUUGUACCUUGUAUAUUUUCCCCCACCCUUUGCUUUCUGUAUCCAUUGUCUUUGUUAAAAAGAAUUUUUGUGUAUAAAGUGACGAUGUGAUGAGUGAAAGCUCAAAAAUUUAUACCGCUGCGCUUGUCUUUUUUGUGCGGAACGACGAAAAGGUUCCAAAGGGGAGUUGAUUUAUGCUAGCAAAGGACAAUUGUACCAUCCCGUCAAAGAGAUGGUGUACACAUGGA